AAAGAGUGGCUGAGAUUUCUCUAUUUCCGUAGCUUCUGGUCUCUUUUUUUUUUCUUGAUUGAUAAAAAAAAACACCAAAUCACUUGUCUUUGCUUCUUCUACUUCUCGAUUUCUUACUGUUUUCAAAAUCAGAUUUUUAAGAAAAUGGGAUCUUUUUUGAAUCCAAGCUGAGUUUGGUUUCUUCAAUUGAUUCAUCUCUCUCUCUAAGUUAGUUGAAUUUGUAAAGAGAAUAUCUGAAGUUGUGUGUAUAGUUUGAGGAGGACUUUAAGUGAGAGUGAUGGAGACUAAUUCGUCUGGAGAAGAUCUUGUUAUUAAGACGAGGAAGCCAUAUAAGAUAACAAAGCAACGUGAAAGGUGGACUGAGGAAGAACAUAAUAGAUUCAUUGAAGCUUUGAGGCUUUAUGGUAGAGCCUGGCAAAAGAUUGAAGAACAUGUAGCCACAAAAACUGCUGUUCAGAUAAGAAGCCACGCUCAGAAAUUUUUCACCAAGGUAGAGAAAGAGGCUGAAGCUAAAGGUGUAGCUACGGGUCAAGCGCUAGACAUAGCUAUUCCUCCUCCACGGCCUAAACGCAAACCAAGCAAUCCUUACCCUCGAAAGACGGCAAGUGUAACUAUCCCGAUGUCAAAACCUGGUGUGAAUCAUGUAAAAGAGUCCCUUGGAUCAGAAAAAGUGUUGCAUCCUGAGAUGGCCAAUGAAGAUCGACAACAAUCAAAACCUAAUGAGAAUCUAAAGGAAGACAACUGUUCAGAUUGUUUCACUCAUCAGUCCCUCUCUGCUGCGUCCUCCAUGAAUAAAAGUUGUAUAGAGACAUCAAACACAAGCAUUUUUCGGGAGUUCUUGCCUUCACGGGAAGAGGUGAGUCAGAAUAAAGGGACAAGAAAGGACUCAACUUCAGAGAACCACUGUGAUUUGAAUUCAAAAUCUUUGGAAAACGAUGUUGUAAAUAAUGAGCAAGAACCUCAGACUUAUCCAAGGUGUAUCCCUGUGCUAGUGCCAAUGGGGAGCUCAAUAACAAGUUCUCUAUCACAUCCUUCUUCAGAGCCAGUUGAGAAUAAGGCCCCCAUGCAUAGUCAUCCCCACUCAGUUUCAGGAGACUAUCAGUCGUUUCCUAACCAUAUUAUGUCAAACCUUUUACAUACACCGGCUCUUUAUUCUGCUGCAACCUUCGCCUCAUCAUUUUGGCCUCCUGAUUCUGGUGGUAGCUCAGUUGGUCAAGGGAACUCACCUCCGAAUCUGGCUGCCAUGGCUGAAGCCACUGUUGCAGCUGCUAGUGCUUGGUGGGCUGCCAAUGGAUUGCUACCUGUAUGUGCUCCCUUUAGUUCUAGUUAUCCUCCAACUACGUUUGGACCAUCUGGUGAUGUAGAGUACACAAAAACAGGCACUUUACAACAUGUUUCUGCAAAGAGCCGAGAGAGGAUAGAUCAAGAACACUCUGAGGCAUUGAAGGCUAGAUCCUCAUUGGACUCAGGGGAGAUUGAAAAUAAGAGUAAACCAGAAUGUCAUAAGCAGCCUUCUGCAACAGCUGAGACUGAGGGUUCAGAUGAAGCAGGAGACAGAAAACAAGUUGACCGGUCUUCGUGUGGUUCAAACACUCCCUCAAGUAGUGAUGAUGUCGAAGCGGAUGCAUCAGAGAGGCAAGAGAAUGACACCAAUGGAGAGGUGAAAGAAAUGAAUGAAGACACUAAUAAUCCUCAAACUUCAGAGUCCAAUGCACGCCGUGGUAGAACUAGCUCCAACUCAGUGUCUGACGAGGGUCGAAUUGCCUUUCAAGCUCUCUUCUCCAGAGAGGUGUUACCGCAAAGUUUUACAUAUCGAGAAGAACACAGAGAGGAGGAGGAACAACAACAACAUAGAUAUCCAAUGGCACUUGAUCUUAACUUCACAGCUCAGUUAACUCCAGUUGAUGAUCAAGAGGAGAAGAGAAACAUAGGAUUUCUCGGAAUCGGAUUGGGUGCUUCAAAGAUGAUAAGUAGAGGAAGAACAGGUUUCAAACCUUAUAAAAGAUGUUCCAUGGAAGCUAAAGAAGGUAGAAUCCACAACACUAAUCCUAUCAUUCAUGUGGAACAAAAAGACCCCAAACGGAUUCGGUUGGCAACUCAAGCUUUGACAUGAAACUUUGUUUUUAUCACUUUGUACUUUGUUUAAAAGUUUUCAAGAUCACUGUUACAUUUUCUUUGUCUGUUGAUGCCUUUUUGUAUUUCUUUCCUUGUCCAUAGUCACAUUUGACUUUGUAUGAUAUAUCAACAAAUCAUAAAAGCUGUAGACACGAAA